AUGGCCAUGGCCACCCGUCCUAAUCGCCGCGACGAGUUCGAGAUCGCGGUGGUGUGUGCUCUGCCGCUAGAAUACGAUGCUGCGGCAUUAUGUUUCGACGCAUUCUGGGACGACGACGGUGACACGUACGGAAAGGCGCCGGGCGAUCCGAAUACCUACACAACCGGCCGAAUUGGGCAGUAUAACGUCGUUCUGGCGUUGCUCCCGAACAUGGGCAAGGCUAGCGGGGCGAGCGCUGUCGCCAGCCUGCGAUCGAGCUACACAAGUUUGAGGUUGGCCAUCUUGACCGGAAUCUGCGGCGGAGUGCCCAGUCCUGGGACCGACGACGAGAUCAUUCUGGGCGACGUUGUUAUCAGCAGGACGGUCGUUCAGUACGACUACGGUCGGCAGUACCCAGGCACAUUCAUCCGCAAAGACACCGUGGAUGACAACCUCGGGCGAGCCAACAAGGACAUCCGAACCUUGUUGGCGACAUUCCAGACAGACCGUGGACGUGACGGCCUUCAACUCGGCGCUACACAGGCUCUGAACCAGAUCCGUGAGAGCGCUGCAAAGAAGAGACGGCGGGCAAAAUACGUUCGCCCUAGUGCAUCCAAGGACAAGCUUUUCAACCCGGAGUAUCAGCACAAGCAUUGGAACCGGGAUGGCUGCGGAUGCGCAGAGCAGGUAUGCGAGGCGGCUCGGGCCGCAUCGUGUGACGAACUCGGUUGCGACCCCACAGAACUCGUACCACGAGAGCGGCUCAAGGAGAUCCAAGAAUUAGAGGCCAGCGGCCCGUACGGCGAUAAUGAAUUCGAGAUCUACAUCGGCUGCGUUGGGUCGGGCGACAUGGUGAUGAAGUCUGGCGAAGACCGUGAUAGGAUCGCGCGGCAGCACGACAUCAUCGCAUUCGAAAUGGAGGGGGCCGGCGUGUGGGACGAGGCGCCGUGCAUCGUUGUCAAGGGCGUCUGCGACUACGCGGACAGCCACAAGAACAAGAAGUGGCAGACAUACGCCGCCGCAACGGCAGCAUCUGUGAUGAAGGCGAUUCUGGCACGCUACAUCCGGACAGACAAGCCGCCAGCGGGCAAUCGCAUCGGCGCGAGCACAUCUCCCACACCGUCCAGGGGCCAGGGGCCUGUCUUCAACGGGCCCAUUACGGGGAAGUAUGUGGUGGCGGGGCAGCACACGAGCGGAGGAACGACGAACAUGAGUUUUGGUAGUUGA